UUAAAACAGUUGCUCCAAGUCACGUUAUUUCAAACACGUGUGUAAUCAGUCAUUAUUUUCAUUCAAAAAAAAAAAAACGAUUUAUUGUUUUUAAAGUGAACAUGAAAAUGUUAUCGAUAGCUAUAAUAUCAAUUUUAGCUGCACAGGCUCAUUGUUCGCAACAACCCAUUGUAAUGUGUCGAACGAGCGAUAGAUUAAAAGUAGUCUGUGCUUCAAAUGGAAAAACUUAUGAGAAUAUUUGUGACUUUAGACAAGACAAGCUGAUGUUGGACACAUCUCUCGAGAUUAAACAUUUGGGCAAAUGUGAACUAAGCUCAGAAAAUAACGUCAGACCUAAAUCCGGAGUAAAACCUAGAUUCGAUAAUCACUACGACGAUUAUGCUGAAUUCAAUACGAAAUUAAGUGAAAAUAUUGAGGGUACAUUAAAGAGUCUACAUAAAUAUAUGGAUUUUAAAAACAGUAAAAAACUAAAACUAAAGAUAAAUCUAUCGAAGGAAAUCGAAUAAAUAACAACUGAAUAAAAACAAGA